UAACAGAAACCAACCCGAGGUCCUUUCUUAGCCAUCUGCUUGUCUCUAUCACUCUCCUGCAAGCCUUUCUGCUUCUCUUUCUCUCUCAUUUUUAUAUACCCUUCUUAUCGUUUCCAUCUUUUACGUUUUUUCUCUCAGUCUGUUUUUUAAAACCAUAAUGGCAAACCAGCAAAAUAAAUUUCAGCCUCCCCAGGUGUCACAGGACCCACCCCAGAAUUCAGAAGAAACAGAGGAAGGUGAGGCAGAAAGCAAGAAGAAAGAGCAGGAAGAAUUGCCUCCCUUUGAGAUAGUAGAGGGGAGUCGCAUUCCUGCCUCCUCAUUUAUGUUCCAGUUCAAGAAUGUGGAGUAUAGUUCUGGGCGCAACAAGACAUUAUUAUGCUACACAGUGGAACGUGGUGAGGGACAAGUGUUUCGUGGGUAUCUGGAAGACGAGCAUGUUUCUGCUCAUGCAGAAGAGGCCUUCUUCACCACAGUCCUGCCACAGUUUCUCACAUCAGGCAAGGUUGUUGUCACCUGCUAUGUUUCCUCAAGCCCAUGUGUGUCUUGUGCUGCAAGCAUAGCACAAUGCCUUAAACGGAACAAAACUCUCCAGCUUCGUUUGGUUGUUGCGCGGCUUUUCCAGUGGGAGGAGUCAGAGAUCCGCGGAGCUCUACGUGCUCUCCGUGCAGGAGGUUGCCAACUCAGGAUGAUGAGUGGUGCCGACUACUCACUCGUAUGGAAAAAUUUUGUGGAGCCUGACUUCAACCUGGAUGAAGAGGGAAAAGUUGAAGAAAAGCAGGAUCAAGGCAAUUUUAUUCCCUGGGAGGACUUGGAAGAAAACGCGAAAUAUUAUGAGGAGAAGCUUGCAGAAAUACUGAGAUGAACAGCUGUGCUGGCUAGAAGGCAGUGAAGAGGACGCGAGUGUUGAGUUAUUUUUAGGGCAGCUUGAAUUUUGGUGCUUAAAUCACUCUAAAUAGUUCACGUCAUGCAUUGUCAUAGUUGGAGCCUUCUAAGUCUUGAAACAUACAAACCCUUUAUAUAUUUUGUAGCUACACCGUCAUAACAACAGAGAAAAA